AUGGCAAGCAUCCUCGGACUUGAUACCCUCAACCCCGCCACGCUUCUCAGCGGUCGCUACAAGCAAGAAGAAAUACCUGACCUCACUGGGAAAGUCGCCCUCGUCACCGGUGGCUCAGCCGGCAUUGGCUACCACGAUGCCCUCGGGCUCGCUCGUGCUGGCGCCAAAGUUCUCACCAUGUCCACCACGCCCGAGCACGGCAGGCAAGCCGAAGAGGAGAUGAAUCAGUUCUUGAAAAAGAAUGUGCCGGGUGGAAAGGGAAGCGUGAAGUGGCACCACGUAGACUUGGGUGAUCUGAAGGCGACCGAUGCAUUCGCGAAGAAGAUCGCGGAACAGGAAGAGAGGUUGGAUAUCUUGAUCAACAACGGGGGCAUUGGCCAGGUUCCGUAUGCACUCACGAAGGACGGCGUUGAGAAUCACUAUGGUGUCAAUAAUCUCUCUUACUAUGUCCUCACCCUUCGGCUGCUUCCUCUCAUGCAGAAAACCGCCGAAUCCUCUACGCUGCCGACAGUACGCAUUGUCAUGCAAUCCUCCGAACUUCACCGAGCGGCAAACUCCGAUACCAAGUUUGCCUCCCUGGAGGAAAUUCAAGAGAAGCGUGACCCCACGAUAGCCUACGGCCGUUCCAAACUCGGCAUGAUCCUCUUCGCCAAACAACUCGCCAAACGCAAACUCUCCGGCACCUCUUCUCGCAACAACAUCCUCAUCGCCUCCUGCCACCCAGGCACUGUCGACACCGACCUCCAAACCGCUUGGACACAGUCCUACGGAGUUCUUGGCCAGGUUAUUGAGCCUUUGAGUCGGCUGAUGGGCAAAUCUGCCCCCGAGGGCGCGGAAGCCAGUUUGUGGCUUGCUACGUCGCCCGAAAUUGGGACGAACAACUUUGACGAGUUCCAAGGCGGCUACUUCUCAGAGGCGAAGGGGAAACCCGACACCGAGAGCAACCUUGCGAAGGACGAGACCGUCGCCCAGAACUUUUGGAACUUGUGCGCCGCCCAGGCGAAGAAGAUACUUGGUGAGGAUAUUCCGUAA